AUGAGUGUGAGUGUGAGCGGCGUUCCGCUGCGUCAGCGAGGCCCGGCUCGCCCUUGGAAGGAGGAUCCCGGGAUCCGGGGCGGCCACGCGUCGGAGCGGAAGGGGCGGGACCACGGCGCCCAAGGAGCCCAGGUCCAAGGUCCGCGGCCCGGGGAGGAGGAGAAGCGCCUGGUUUCUGCGCAGACGCCCCGCCCAGGCUGGGGGCGGGGCUUAGGCGAGUCGGGGGUGGGGUCAGAUUCUAGGCCCGCCUCCGCCAGCGCCUGUGAGCCCCAGAGUGCGUGGCCCCCCGGCUUUUUCUGGGGUGCUUCAGGCUACUUGCCCCCCAAAGGCUAUGCUCCUUCGCCCCCACCUCCCUACCCGGUGACAGCUGGGUAUCCAGAGCCGGCGGCGCUGCAUCCUGGACCGGGACAGGCUCCGGUGCCUGCCCCUGCGCCUGGCUUCGCUCUCUUCCCCUCGCCAGGCCCUGUGGCUCCAGGGUCUUCCGCUCCCUUCUUGCCACUGCCAGGGGUGCCUUCUGGCCUCGAAUUCCUGGUGCAGAUUGAUCAAAUCCUGAUUCACCAGAAGGCUGAAAGAGUGGAAACGUUCCUAGGCUGGGAGACCUGUAAUAGGUAUGAACUUCGCUCCGGGACCGGACAGCAACUGGGUCAGGCUGCUGAAGAGAGCAACUGUUGUGCCCGUCUGUGCUGCGGUGCCCGCCGGCCACUUCGUGUCCGCCUAGCGGACCCUGGGGACCGCGAGGUGCUCCGCCUCCUCCGCCCACUUCACUGUGGCUGCAGCUGCUGUCCCUGUGGCCUUCAGGAGAUGGAAGUACAGGCUCCACCUGGCACCACCAUCGGCCACGUGCUACAGACCUGGCAUCCUUUUCUCCCUAAGUUUUCCAUCCUUGAUGCUGAUCGCCAGACGGUCCUUCGAGUUGUAGGGCCUUGCUGGACUUGUGGCUGUGGCACAGACACCAACUUUGAGGUGAAGACGAAGGAUGAGUCUCGAAGCGUGGGCCGCAUCAGCAAACAGUGGGGAGGGCUGCUCCGCGAAGCCCUCACAGACGCCGAUGACUUUGGCCUCCAGUUCCCAAUGGAUCUAGACGUGAGGGUGAAGGCCGUGCUGCUGGGAGCCACGUUCCUCAUUGAUUAUAUGUUCUUCGAGAAGCGAGGAGGCGCUGGGCCCUCUGCCAUCACCAGUUAGAGGCCGCCCCAGGAUGAGGAGACCGUCACCUCAACCAGAAUUCGAGAUGGUUCACCUGCCCUGGCCUUUGCCUCCUGAAGCAACCCUCUCCUUGGUGUACACUGCAGUGGACAGACAGGGGUGGCUGAGUGGC